GCGAUCACUACUGGGGGCUCAACGCUAAGUACUAUUUGGGUGGUAUAAAUCAAAGGGUAAAGCUGCUACCUUUCGUCCUCAAACCUGGAGGUUUUAAAGUGUGAAGAGGUGCUCGCUAUUUAGUUUCGAUGCCGAGCAGUUGAAUACAAAUAUUAUUAACGCCGUCUUGUUAGCCUUUGGUGUGGCUAUGUAAAACUAGCCUGUUAGGUUUACGGCGUUUCAGCAGGUGCUGCUCUGAUAGCUUAGCUUUACAUUGGAUUCUAUUAGCUUGUUAGACAGCUACAGCAGCUAAAAUUAACCAAGCUGGCAUCCAGAGCGAAUACGGCUCCGUUUGGUCUGGCUAGUGUCUAAUAGGGAUGUUACCUAUGUUACUUAUCGUAGUGUGACUCAACUGCGACUGGAUGUUUAGCGAUAGAAAUAGCAGCAGCACCAGCUAGCAGCUUGUUAGCGUGUCAAUAACAAUAAUGGGCUAUAAGAAGUGUUUGAAAACGGCAAGGAGACUUUAUUUUUGGAGUAUUCUCUUCAUAGUGUUCACCAAAGGAGUAACAGCUGAUGAGGAGCAACACCGAGACGAAGCACCAGAGUUAAAGUCCUAUCAUGAUCCAGACUCUGAAGAUGAAGAUGUCCGAUUAUCAGCAGAAAUUGUGGCAGGUGCUUCUGUGACCUCUGGUCGCGCUCAGCCCGAAGAGGAAGUGCAGGCACCUGUGGAAGGUCUAGAAGGAGAAGAGAAGGAGGACCUACCUGACCGGCCUCCUCCUGUUGAGGAAAAACCUAAAGAGGUUCCUGUGGUAAAUGGAGGUACAGCACACGGGGAGCCCUGCAUAUUCCCCUUCGUCUUCCAAGGGACAGAGUACAUCGAGUGUACCACUGACGGACGGGGGGAUGGACGGUUGUGGUGCGCCACGACCUACGACUAUGACCAGGAUAAGAAGUGGGGUUUCUGUGAGACGGAGGAGCAGGCGCAGCAGCGGCUGCAGGCUGAGGAAGCAGAGAAGCAGUAUCAGACUGUCUUGCGCAUGCUCAACUCCACCACCAGGAAGACUCAGAAAAAAGAAUUAUAUGAAAAGCUGCUGAAAGUGGCAGAGAGAGGCCACCAGAAAGCCAUGGAGAAGGUGGCAUAUGCCAUGCUAUUUGGAGAUUACAUGAACCAAAAUAUUACCAAGGCCAGAGAAAUGUUUGAGAAGCUUGCCGUGGAGGGCUCACCUAAGGCCCAGAUGGCUCUUGGAUUUCUGUAUGCAGCAGGUCUUGGAGUUAACUCAAGUCAAGCUAAGGCCUUGGUUUACUACACCUUCGGUGCACUGGGUGGAAACCUGGUAGCUCAUAUGAUUCUAGGCUACAGAUACUGGGGAGGAGUGGGUGUUCCCCAAAGCUGUGAGUCAGCAUUAACGCACUACAGGCUUGUCGCGAAUCAGGUGGCCAGCGACGUUUCCCUGACGGGGGGCUCGGCAGUGCAGAGGGUCAGGCUGCUCGAUGAGGUGGAGAACCCGGGCUCUACCAGUGGGAUGUUGGAGGAGGACCUCAUCCAGUACUACCAGUUUCUAGCUGAGAAAGGAGACGUCCAAGCUCAGGUGGGGCUGGGUCAGCUUCACUUGCAUGGAGGACGUGGAGUAGAACAGAAUCACCAGAGGGCGUAUGACUACUUCACACAGGCUGCAAAUGCAGGGAACACACAUGCUAUGGCUUUCCUUGGAAAGAUGUAUUCAGAAGGCAGUGAGUUUCUCCCUCAGAAUAAUGAGACAGCCCUGCAAUACUUUAAGAAGGCUUCUGACCUGGGUAAUCCAGUGGGACAAAGUGGUUUGGGUAUGGCCUAUCUUUAUGGUAGAGGUGUCCCAGUGAACUACGAGCUGGCCCUCAAAUACUUCCAGAAAGCAGCAGAACAGGGCUGGGUGGAUGGGCAACUCCAGCUGGGCACCAUGUAUUACAAUGGCAUUGGUGUGAAGCGAGAUUACAAGCAGGCUCUUAAGUUCUUCAACCUGGCCUCACAGGCUGGUCACAUCCUGGCCUUCUACAACUUGGCCCAGAUGCAUGCUACUGGUACCGGUGUGAUGCGCUCCUGCCACACUGCUGUAGAGCUUUUCAAGAAUGUGUGCGAGCGUGGUCGCUGGUCAGAACGCCUGAUGAUGGCCUACGGUAGCUUUAAGGAGGGUGACACGGAUGCUGCGCUCGUUCAGUAUCUGCUGCUGGCUGAACAGGGCUACGAGGUGGCUCAGAGCAAUGUGGCCUUCAUUCUGGAUCAGAAAGGAGUAAAGAUCUUCAGUGAGAAUGAGACCUACCCUCGUGCAUUGCUCCACUGGACAAGAGCUGCAGCACAAGGUUAUACCGUGGCAAGGAUCAAACUGGGAGACUAUCACUUCUAUGGCUAUGGAACAGAUGUGGACUACGAGACAGCUGUUAUUCACUACAGACUGGCAUCGGAGCAGCAGCACAGCGCCCAGGCCAUGUUUAACUUGGGUUACAUGCAUGAGAAAGGCCUGGGUAUCAAACAGGACAUCCAUUUAGCCAAGCGGUUCUACGACAUGGCCGCAGAAGCCAGCCCUGAUGCCCAGGUUCCAGUUUUCCUGGCACUGUGCAAACUGGGCCUGAUUUAUGCUCUGCAGUACCUGCAGGAUCUUAAUCUAAAGGAGGUGAUUUCUCAGGUGGAUCUGGACCAGCUUCUGGGCCCGGAGUGGGACCUCUACCUCAUGACAGUCAUCGCCCUACUGCUAGGCACAGUCAUUGCCUACCGACAGCGCCAACACCAAAUCAUAGUGCCGCCUCGCCCACCUGCCCCUGCCCCAGCUCCCCCUCCCAGACCACCUCAGGAACAGCCACAGGCCCAGGCCGAGCCCCAGGCUCAGGAAGACACACCAGCUGCAGGCCCGGCCCAGGGAGAAGAGGAUCAGCACUGAGAGGGAGCUAGAUGGAGUGAGGGUGGUCAAAGACAAUAGGCUCACUAGCCCCCUGCAUGGAACACCAGUAGCUGAAUACCUGCUACUUAGUGCUACUGAGCACCUCUCCCACUCUGUUCCCUCCACGUGUUUUUUUUUUUUCCCUCUCCUUUUUUUUAGGCUUGAUGAUGGCUGCUUGAACUGUUCAGUCUUCUUCAUUUAAAAUAUGCUGGUCUUGUGCUGAAACCGACACAUCGGGGGUGUUAAUGGACAACACUGCAGUAGAGCGUGUCGAGAGGCUGUUGCAGGCUUUGGACUUGUUACUUUGAGACUCAGGAUACUGCCAGAAGCCCUCGCGUCCUCAACAUGGGAAUAGUCUUGUGGUUGCCAGAUCAAAAGCAUUACGAACUUGACUGAUUAGCACGGUGGAAUCAAAUAUGUGCUUGGGUUUCUUCUCACUCGCCCCUUUUGAGAAAAUUACCCUCAUUAGACAGCUUCAUUCCCAGUUUUGUUCAGUAUUUAAAGGAAGACAUCAGGAUGGAAAAUGUGAAGUAAAAUCACUUGAUUUCUAGCUCUGGUCUACUUACUAAAGUCUGAUUCUGCAUGUCUUCUCUGAUCUCUUUGCAGACUUUGAGUUUAGGCACUUUUUGUUGAGCUAACUGAUGAGUGAACAAAUUUUGCAUUCCUCUUUGCUUUGCACUCAUUAGAUAUUUUGGGUAAAAUGUUGUCUGAUCAACAACGGCGUUAAAUAUACUAAAGCCAUGUUAUGUCAUUUGUUGGGAAGUACUCACUGAUAGAAGUAAUUUAAUUCAAAGUAGGUGAUGUUUGUUACGCGUCAUGAUGAAGUCACUGAUGCAGACACAGUUUAAAAUGUAUACAGAAACAUCAGAUUUAAAAGAACAAGUGAGAAAUUUUGGAAGCUGUACACAUUCAUGUGUACAUUUUUCCAACACCAGACUUUGAUUUUAUUUUAGUUGCUGGUUUUGAAAGGCAGCUAAGUAGUUUCUUCUUUUUAUGCCAACUGUUAUCUGAGGCAGAAAUUGGAGCAGCCUUAAAGAUAGCACUGGUUUAAACUUCGCAUUGUUUCUACAGUAGAGAAACUGGAUCACAUUUUUUUUUUUUUUUUUUUCCUUUGUUUUGUUCUGAAACUUCAGCUGUCGUGACAAUUUCCACCCCCUCACCAAACGUCCGAUUUGGAAAUCUGCCUGCAGUUCUGAGCUCAGAUGGACAUAAAUCUCAGGCUGCAAUGGAAAGUAAAACAAAGCCACAUUUAGACCUUACAGCAUUUCUCCAACCAGGGUCUGACACUAUGACACGAUAUGUACUUGUAAAAGUUAGUAUUUAACUGUCAGUAGAGCUGCAUGAUUGAACCCCAAAAGGACAGUGAAGUGUUGUUUGCAGGAUGAGAUGGAAAUGAUUCCAAACUGUUUCCUGAUUUCACGCAUUGGCACCCACACAACUCACAAUUGGACUAAAAUAAAAACACUGGGCAAAGUUA